AUGUCUUGCCAGGCGCCGCUGCUGCGGUCCCCGCACUUCACGUACGAAGCCCUGCCUUCGCAGUCUCGAUUGACGGCGGCGGCGGCGGCGGUGCCUGCGUACAGCGGGGUGGCGGUUGCCGACCGUGUCGUUCGGGCAUGCGCAUGGACGGACAACGCCGCCGACUUUGUCUUCGGCGACGGCACGGUCCUCUCCUUCUGUGACGAAAUGCAAACCUUCGUCGCCUUCCCCCCUCUGGCGACUGCGCCCCUGAGGCCGCAGGGCGCAAGUGGCGGCGGCGGUGGCCUCACUGGCACCCACAACAAGGGCGACAUCGACGCCGCGGAGAGUGCGUCUGAGGGGGACUACUUUUUUACCCCCCUCACGCUGUCCAAGUAUGAGGCCAAGGUGCGCGAGGCUCUGCACAUCUACAACUACUACUCCCCGCGACCACGCAUCGUCACGGGUCUUACGGCAAUACCGUGUGAAGUGUGGCGCCAGAGCAGCCCGAUUGACUCCCUUGUCAUCGCGGCGGAUCGAAACCUGUUUGAGCGUCACGGGUCUCGGGCGACGCUGUGGUGUGCGCUCCGUCGUGUCUCGCUGACUUUGCACGGGGGUCGUGUAACGUUUUCGGUGCGCUGGCCUGCGCCGGCGGUGGAACGCAACAUGGCGCGUUCCAUUUUUGUUCGUCCUGUUGAUGCACAUGGGUUUUCUACAGGAACCCUGGAAAGCGUGCGGGCGUUUCACUUUGUGUGGGUGGAGCAAACGUUUCCCGUCCUGGACCCGCCGGAGCCGUGGGCGGAAAUGUUGGAGGUCGCGCUGCAGCUUGACGCGGCGCUUGCGGCGAAGGCCGCGGUGGCAGACGCGGGUGGGGGCGCAAAGUCUUGCGGAGAAGAACAGCAGGCGGACGAGUGCCGCAUGAUGUACCGCACGACUCCCUGCACCGCGCAGAACAGGCAGCCCUGCCGCUUUUCAAAGAUGAAACGGGAACACGUGGACGCGCUCAUUGCCACCUCGCAGAUGCAAAACGCAACAUGCAAUCGUCUCAUACACGGCCCAAGCGAGCGUGUGGUGUGGCGCUACGAUGCAGAUCCAGUGGGACGUGUGCCGCACGCCGUGUAUUGGUGUCUGUUCGCGCGGGGCGCCACGACAGCGGCGGCCCAACUCCCUGCCGUCGUCAAUGGCGGGGCGGGCGGGUCACCCGUGGGCGACGGCUGGGUGCCGCGUGGAGCGCCUGGCUCUGUGCUGGCAAUGGUGCGUGAGGACGAGAGCUCCGUUGUUGCUGAGCCGCAGGGCCAGAGUUACGUCGUCCAUCACUGGCGCCGCGACGGAAGCUACCACCAGUACCACCAGGGCCCAGAUGGCGAACUCGGCCUUCCACCCGUCAUUCCGCGGCAACGCGGCGGGGCAACGGGGCGGCAACCGGGUGACGGCAGCGGCGAGGCGGAGCGCGGGGGCGAUGGACCCAACAGCAGCAGCAGCAACGACUCCGCCGCAUCCGCGCUGGCGAGUGAAAACACGGAGGGUGUGGUGACCUCAAGGAUUGCCACGGCACCGCUGUACUUCAGCGGCAUUCUUGAGGAGGCGCCGCUGGCCGCGCUUCAUCGCGGUCGCUACCUGCCGGAGGUGGGGGCCUCGUGCAUUCAACUUUCCCAGCUGAACCUCGCGUCACUACGGGCACAGCGGCAGGAGACGCUGGGCGACAUUGCCUCUCUGGCCGCGGGUGUUCACGUCACGGGGGCGUCCGGCGUUAGUGCCGGCGGAAGCACCCUCGCUGCCAACGCGGCGGCACAAGACGCACUUCAACGAAAUCAGAUGCGUCUUGUGUCCAACGAUCCCGCGCUUGCCGCGGCCGCGGCGGAGGGAAGCGUAGUGUUCCUGACAAGCUCCAUAGAGGCUGUAGGAACGUUUGUGGCGCUGACAAACGGCACCAUCCGUUGCCAUUUUGACGAUCGUACGAUUCUCUUCCUCGUCCCAGGCGUGGAUGAUAGCGAGGACAACUUGGUGGCCACCUGCCUCUUCCGUGACGCCACACAGUGUUCCAUGCGGCUCGUGAAGUGUGCUCCACACCACCCGAUGUAUCGCUACGUGGCGCACGCACUGCAGUUCCGCCGCUUUUCUCGUCUCUCUCCAGAGGCACGCACGGCCGUCGUGGAUGAGACAACUGCGUUGAAGCUGCAGUAUCUCGACGAGACAGAGUGGCAUAGGGAGCGAAAGACGGAGUGGGAGCUGCAGCAACUGCUUCGUCGCACCGAGGCCCUUCUGUCUGGGAGCGAGGAGCUGAGUCGGCUGAAUUACUCGCUGCUCCACGAGAAGAACGAGGCCCCCUCGGCCUACUUUGCAUGA